CCUAAUGGACAAUCUCUCCCGUAUAUUCAAAUCGAAAAUAAGAUACUGAAAGGCGGCUAUGCUCCCCAAGAAGGUACAGACGAAUGUUGUAUCUACAAAGCCGGAAAGCUAUGGCAAAAAGGAUUAGAAAUCUAUUCCAAACCCACAGCUGAAUCGAAAGACAUUGCAUUGACCUACAUGUUUAAUGCGAUUGUUAUUAACGACGAUGCGUCAUACAUUCGAGCAUCGUCGCAAUUAGUCCCUUCAUUGUUCAAAAAUAAACCAUUCGUGCCAACUUUAACUAACAUAGCCAAGGAAAUUUGCCUACCCGGUGCGGAAUACGGAAUGAUUUCAACUCUCGAAUUCUCUCAGAAAAUAAGCUCUCUCAGAUCAAAUCUCGAAGAAAAAGACGAUGAAAUCCUUUCCGCUGCCCUCAAUAUGUACGAAAAAUUCGCAAUGUCGUCAACACUGUUUUUACACUUUAUGCCCAUCUCGGAUGCACAGUCUCAUAUCGACUUGCUAACUCGAGUUAUCAUCCACGCAGCCUCGUUGCGAAAACUACUUUCUCUUCGAUUACCCAGCUUCAUUGAUGGCCUGGCCAUUCAGUCCCUCAACAACAUUCCA